CCUGAUCUCGUUGCUGUUGUAAGCCGUAUUCUGGACGAACUUCUGUCUCCGCUGCGUCGUAUCAGCAUCGAGAAAGCGGAGAUUUCAGCACUGAAAGCUCUGGUGCUGCUGCAUCCGGAUGUGAUGGGCUUGACGAUUACGUCACGUGAAAAACUGCGUGAUGCUCGUGACGGUGUACUGCGUGCAUUGUUUGCCUACCUCAGACAAAUGCUGUCACCUGCAGAUGCCUCGGUACGUCUCAGCAAUCUGCUCCUCGUCAUACCCUCCGUAUAUUCGAUUGCGCAAAAUCUGGCGCAGAGCAGUCAACUUGGCGUCCUCUUCGCUCCUGACAUCUACGACAGCUAUGCCAUUGCCGAUCAAAAUGUUCAUGACAUGAAAUUCACAUGGAUGAGCACAUAUCGCGACCGCAAGACAGGUUACUGGGAAAGUGCAGUAAGGAUUCUCGGAAAAAUAAGUGUGCAGCCGUUUUAUUCUCAGAAUAAGCCAGUGAUUAUAGCAAACGGCAGCGAGGUUACGCCGUGA